AUGCCCAAAGAUCAGAACAUCCUUCACCGGAUGACAUUACCCUUCCCGCCAAAUAUAAGCGUUGACGAGUUGUUGGAAAAAUCUCGAAGCAAUAAUUCCCGACCUGGAAAGGUACCAAACUGUUUCCUAAUCUAUAGGUUGGUUUGGGUGGAACAAAUGAAACGAGUUGGAAUAAAGUUAGAUUUGUCAGAAAUUUCUAACUUUGUCGGACAUAAAUGGAAAUGUGAACGAAAAGAGGUAACAGAUUAUUAUAGGAAAUUAUCUUCCGACGCCAAAACGAAAUUUCGAACAAAUUCCAAACCACGAUUUAUAUUUCAUAACAAAUGUGAGUUGAAUAACGCCGAGCAACCUCAAGACGAUGCUUCUACAGAUUCACUUCAAACGCCAGAAGGUGCUUCGCCUGGUGCGAGUUAUUUACACUUUCCCAUGGAUAUUAACCAAUCCAUUUCCGAUCAGGAUCCCACCAUGGAUUACUUUGCGGGUCUGACAAAUGGAAUGUCAUUUGAAGCGGAUCCUUCCAUGCAUCAAGGUUGCAGCCUUAAGGAGAGCAUCAAUGAGAUGCUGCGGUUAAUUUUCGCCAUCACUCCGGAAACCUAUAGCAAAUUACAUAAUAUGAAAGGUGUGAUCACUUCUGAAGAAUUGGAGAGAAUUAAAUUUGUUCUUGAAUAUAAUCGAUCGAUGAUCUCUGAACAAUCAAAAAGUUCAUCCAAAUGUACCUUGCUUAAUCACAUGUCUGCAAUUAAAGCGAGGAUGAAUCAAUUGGAAUACGCCACCUCCGAUGCUUUCAUUGACAUUAAAAAUAAUUUUAAUGAUUCUCAAAUGAGUUUUGGAUUUGAUCCAACCAGAGAAAUGUAUGAGUCAACUCCGCAGGACUUGGUUUUCAAUGCCGAAGGAAACGUUGACAGAUUUACACAAUCUGAAGUUUUGCAUCAACAAGCGUUAUUUACGCCAACUCCUUCCGAACACUUUGACUUUACGGACUCUCAAUUUAAUCAUAAUUAUCCCUUAUUAUUCAGAUCAAACCUUCGUCCAACUUAUCCACCUCAAAUAACAAUUCAAGAGAUCAUUGAAUUCAUAUCAUCGACAGUUCCUAGACGAUCAUUUCAACCAACUAACGCAUUUAAGGUAUAUCGUAUAGCAACUAUUCUUCAAAUGCGAACCAAUAACAAUGAUUUGAUGAUCCUUUCUGGAAGUUUAGUUUCAACAAAUUAUUCAAUGGAAUCUCUUGAAGUCAAACGAACUUAUCAAAGGUUAGCUUUAGAAGUGAAUAAUGAAUUGAUAACUAGGCAAAUUCAUGCAUGA